AUCAAGGUCCCCAGUCAACGUCCUUAGGGACCUUGCGCGACAGCUGCCGGAUGAGCAGUAUAAAAGCCCGCUGCUUCCUCGCUACAGUCUGCCAGCAUCCCACCUCCGCAUGCCUCCGAGACUCGAAGGCUUUGUCUCGAAACCGUAAGUACUUAUGUAUCUUCAAAUGCCCAGAGAAGAACCUGUUCUGCAUACAAAUUAACCCAUUUUUUUCAGAUUACCAAGUUCUUUCUCACUCUCAUCACUAAGAGAAAACAGGCUUAGACCUCCAAAUUCGUUGGAUCAAGAGAUGUCAGUUCAAGCCUAGGCACGCAACACAUCCGCGCUUAAGCACGAGGUAGACCUACUAUCGCCCCUGGUAUCUGCCUCCUUCUCUGGGCUCAAGUACAUGUAAAGAUCACUGGACGAUAUAGACUUAGGUAUCUAUAGAAUAUCACUCCUCAAUGUUGAUCGCAGCACGACAUCUUUACCACGCUCGCGAUCUGCCUGCUUUGUGAAGCGAUAGAAUUUGGCCAUUGUUUUAUUUGCUUUUGACUAACCUAUGAAUUGACUGGCUACAGCAAAGUCACGAAUAAAUCAGACUUCAAGGAGAAAUUUGUAUGCAGCUUCUACAAUGGACCGCGUCAAGCAGUUCCUCGCCGUCAAGAUACUAGGCCGUAUCACCGGCCCGAAAAAGGCAAAACCGGAACACGACACUGACGUCGACGUCAAAGACAACACCAAAGUCGAAAGCAAAGCCGAUCCCCGCACGCGCUACCACGACUUCGCAACCCAAACACCUCCAGGCCCUAAACCACCAAGACCAAACAAAAAGGGAUGGAAUUUUCGCCGCGAAGCCGAAUUCCCCUGGCGAAUCGAGCAGCUUGUCGACCAAGAAGAGAACUGGCGUGGGACCUGGGUGCUGGAAGUCAAGGAUAUGCGGGCGUUGGAAUGGAACACUGAGUUCGUGCCCAAGAGUGACCGGAAGGGAAAGGGAGGGCGGUAUCGGAGGCAGCCGACGAGGCAUUUUCCGUUUCCUAUUGACGGGGAUAGGAAUGGGAAUAGAGAGACGCUGGGGGGAGGGCAGGAUGAUUUGAUGAUUAUGCUUGGGAAGUCGUAGGGGGUGACAUUGGAUACGGGCACUUCUAGUAGGAUAUCUGGAUGUUUUAGAGCGGAAUUCGUUUGCUCAGUCUGCGAUUUCUACCUCCCAAGUUCUCUUAUUAGCGAUAGUGUGUCAAUGCCAGAAUGAUACAACAGG